UAUAUCCAUGUGCAGAGGAAAAGUAGUUAGUGAAGCAGUCUGGCUCAGCGCUUCUCUAAGGAAGAACCUACAACACAAGGAACUUUCACCUACUUGUUGUUUCAUCUCUACCACUGGAAUUGCACAUUCGUUUUUCAGAACGUUCUAAAACCAGUUGAGGCACAAUUUACAACAGUUGCCUCGUGCAUUGAAGGAUCCUGGUUGGUCCUCUAUGAGAGCUACUGUGACAGAACUUCAGAAAAAGAGAUGUCUGCAACCAUCUUGUCCGCUUUCUACGACAUCGAUAUGCUUUACAAGCAAGAUAAAAGCAUGAACAUGAACGCUAUGAAUCACAUCAAUAGCAUACUGGACAAGAAAGCGGUGGGGGCUCCAGUGACUACACAUAGCUCCAACAGUUCUUUCACGCCGGGUUUUUUCCGUAGAAACUCGACCACCAACAUGGAAGCAAUGACCAACAACAGCAACAAGUACUCAACCAACUCCUACAGUAAUUUGAUGGAGAACACAACGAGCAGCAGUACUGCCAUUAUGAACAAGGAGAACCAGUUCCGCGACCGGACAUACAGCGAGAACGGGGACCGUAGCCAGCAGCUGCAGAUCGUGCAGCAGAAGCCAGGCUCUCAGAUCAACUCCACCCGCUACAAGACAGAACUCUGCAGGCCCUUCGAGGAGAACGGAGCGUGCAAAUACGGAGAGAAGUGCCAGUUUGCGCACGGCUACCAUGAGCUGAGGAAUUUGUCUCGUCACCCUAAGUACAAAACCGAGCCCUGUCGCACUUUCCACACUAUUGGCUUCUGCCCCUAUGGUCCCCGCUGUCAUUUUAUCCACAACGCUGAUGAGCGAAGACCCGCUCCAAGCAACGCCAACGUGCAGGUGGAACCCAAGUCAGCCCGCGAGCUCUGCGGCUAUGUUCAAAGCGAUGUUGUGCCACAGCAAGUCGGGUACAACCGGGACAGACCAAAGCUUCACCACAGCCUGAGUUUUUCAGGUUUUUCCAGCCACCACGGACUUGAGUCGCCACUGCUCGAGAGCCCCACGUCCCGCACACCACCACCCCCCUCAAACUCCUCUUGCUCUCCCAACUAUUAUGAGGACGUACUGUCUCCCAACUCCAUGUCUUGUGUGAACAGUGCAUUCAAUUUUCCUGGCCAUGAUCUGAAAGCCUUACUUGCUCCCCUGGCCGUGCAUACGCAGAACGGCUAUGGCAACAACCAUUUCAAUGGUGCCUACUACGGGAACAUUCAAGCCAACAUGUGCCCCCCUUCUCCCCCAUCAUACAAUAUGAGCCACUUGCAGUCCCUGCGCCGCCUCAACGAAUCACCGGUGUUCGACUCCCCUCCUAGCCCACCCGACUCCCUCUCAGACCGGGAGAGUUAUGCGAGCGGGUCCCUCAGCUCUUCUGGGAGUCUUAGCGGCUCUGAGUCUCCAAGUUUGGAUGCUGGGAAACGUUUGCCAAUCUUCAGCAGGCUGUCGAUUUCUGAUGACUAAACAUCCUAUCAUGUUAUUUUCAAUGGAUGAAAUUUGUCCUUGACAUGGCAUUAGUUAUUUUUCCUUUUUGUAAAGAUAGCUGUAUAAAAGUAGAUACCAACAGAAGGCAUUCCAUCGGUGACUUAAUUAUUUUAUUUUUUUUGCUGCAAGUAAGGGCAGUCUGUCUCAGGCAAGCCACACUUCCCUGGGAUAGAUGUGUACAAGACUUGACACGAGACUGUAAAGCAGUUUCAGAUUUCUUCCAUCCUGCCAAGAAAUGCCUUGACACAAUGAACUUUCUUUUCUUCUAAGUAUGUGUUCCUUUCUGAAAGUUUAAACUUCCAUUCCAGAACUUUAAUCUGUUUCACAGCGCCACGCAGUGGUUUGUUUGAUUUAGUAUAGUUUGUUGCUUAGUUGAAAAGCAUUCAGAGUUAGGUUUGUUUGGGGAAAUCACUGCUGAUGGUUGAAAAUGUAUAUAUACAUUUAUAUAUAUAAUUUUUAGCUGUUUUGAGUGAUUACAUAGCAGUGCGUAACUGGCUAUGAAAUAUUUAACUUAUUUAUUAUCUUGUGAAAAGUAUAGGCUAUACGUUGGUAAUUUGUGUCCAUACUGUAUUUAUCAAGUAUGAUGAAGCAAUAGAUCUAUAUUCUUUUAUGUUUAAAUUAUGAUUGCCAUUAUUAAUCUGCAUAAAGUGGAGUAUGUUCUUUUCACAGUAAUAUAUAUUGUUUUUGGUCUCCUUUUGUAACUUCACUUGGUUAUUUUUAUUGUAAAUGAGUUUUAAAAAAUCUUAAUUUAAGAGAACGUAUGUGAUAUUUAUUUCAUACAUUUUGUUUACGUUUAUUAAAACAAAAGUUUGCGUGAUUUGCUGUUUGUUCUGAGGUUGCUUGUAAGAGCUGUGGAAGGUGUUUUGAGAAUCCUUAUCUAGAUGUUUCUGUAGAAUGUAUAAACAAUGUGGUUGUGCAGACCGUCCAAACCUGAGCUAGCCUUGUUUUUUUAUAGAUCAGACUCGGUGACAAAGAACCCAAGUAAAUAAAUUAACCAAAAAAGUAUUUUGUUUUCUUCUGUUUGUAUGAGGUCACACUGUGAUUCCAGCCACGUGCUAAAGAAUGUAGCAAUCCCUUGUGCCCCAGUAUUAUUGUGUAGUGCCUACAGGGUUCACCAUCUUACAUGCCUUAAUAUUAACCAAAUAAAGUAUUUUUCCUACAUGUAUCUUUUACACAAGUUUAAUUGAAUGUAGUGUUGGAGCUGAAUUACUUUUGAAAGUUGUUACCACUUAUAAGACCUUGGGACAACCAUUAAUUUUUUUUUAUUCCUCAUUCCUCUACUCUUGAUUUUGUUUGCUUUUUUCCCUUUGAUAUUGACUAGUUCAGGGGAUGCGCACUAUGUACUUUUUGACUACUUUAUCAGAAGUAAAGCUUUUUGAAUGUAACUAAAAACGGACAAAAAGACAAGUUGUAAUUAUUUUUGGAGAGUCAGUUCACUACAAAUUGAGUGAGACUUAACUUUGUACUGUACAUUUUUGUAGUUCUCCCAAUAAAAUCAUUUUGAAAAUAG